AAACCUGCCAUCAAAAGCACGCCGUAAUCCUCCCCACGUCCGCGUUGCCGGCCCCCUCUGGCCAGAGCUCCCGCGACCGCUCGGGGCGGGCGCGCUGCCCCUUCCGGCCUCGGGCUCCGCUCGGCUCUUCCCGGCGCGUCGCGGCCGCGGGCGCUCUGCCUUCGGCUCUUUCCGGAGCCACUCGGGCGGCGGAGGCACUGGCGGCGGCUGCAGAUGUCGGACUCCCGAGCGGCUGAGGGGCCGGGCUUCUGGGGCGCCGCAGCGGGUCGAGAGCCGGCGGGCGGCAUCGGGGACGUCCCGGGAGUGGAGGGGAGCCAGGCGGCCGCCUCAGAGAAUGAAGAUCUAGAAAACACCAAGGACAUCUCUCCAGUGGCUUCUGCCUCUGAUCCAGAGCCCCAUUCCUCACUGUACAGGCCGCAGAUGGUACCUCCAGUGAGUGAGGAUGCCGCGGAAGAUCUUCGGAAAGCAGCCAGUGCCUUGGAGGCUCAGGCCUUGGUGGAACAGAAAUUGCGGCCUACAGACCAGGGCCAGGUCCUCAACAAGAUGGCCAAAUAUCAAGCUCCACAGAGGUCUGGGGACAUUGUUAUGAUCCAGUCUGAGCACACGGGAGCUAUAGAUAUUCUUUCGGCUGACUUGGAAUCUGCAGAUCUUCUGGGGGACCACAGGAAAGUCUCCCCACCGCUGAUGGCUCCUCCCUGCAUCUGGACCUUUGCCAAGAUGAAGGAAUUCAAAAGCAAGCUGGGCAAGGAGAAGAACAGCUGCCUGGUGGUGAAGCGGGGUGAGGUGGUGACCAUCCGGGUUCCUACCCAUCCAGAGGGGAAGCGUGUCUGCUGGGAGUUUGCCACCGAUGACUAUGACAUUGGCUUUGGAGUUUAUUUUGACUGGACCCCUGUAACCAGCACUGACAUAACUGUGCAGGUCAGUGAUUCGAGUGAGGAUGAGGAUGAAGACGAGGAAGAGGAGGAGGGGCUUGAAGACCCUGUCCCAGCCGGAGAUGUGGAGAGAGGCUCCAGAAGCUCCCUGCGGGGUCGCUACGGGGAAGUCAUGCCUGUGUACCGGCGGGACAGCCACCAAGACGUGCAGGCUGGCAGCCACGACUACCCCGGGGAGGGCAUCUACCUGCUCAAGUUUGACAACUCCUACUCCCUGCUUCGCAACAAGACUCUCUACUUCCACGUCUACUACACUAGCUGAAGGCCCGGGGGACCGGGCAGGCGGUGUUUGCUGGCUGAGCAGGCUGCCAGCUGGUGCCUCUUCUUUCCGACAGGCAAGAGCUCGAAGUGGAGCAUGAGGCUUCUGACCCUCAUGCCCCGCCUGGCAUGCCUGACCGUUGACCCCACGUAGCUUUGCCCACUCCUCAGCUUCUGCAGGUGGUGGUGUAGUGCCCCUGUUCUGUGGUCCAUGACUCACACUCUUCUUGCUUCAGACUCCAGCAGAAUCCCUCUAUGAAGGCGCCCAUCAGGCAAAAGCCUAAAAGCAAGUUGGGUGUUGCCUUCUAAAAAUAGGUAUUUGGUACAGGAUUGCUGCUUUCUCCUCUCCCAGAGCCUUUAUUGCAGAUGUGUUUGGUGGUACCCACUCGCUUUUUGCAAGUGCUGAGAGAGGGAAAGCACACUGUCCAUGAAGGAGCCCAGUUCCCUGGCUGGAGAAGGCUCUGUCCAGCCGCUCACCACUGCCAUAUUCCUGCCUGCCAGUUCUUCAUGGUCGCUAGCACAGGCUGGGAGCCCUCACGGCCUAUGAGGGGCGUUAUUAGUCCUGAGGGCUCGCCUCUGCCUCUUUGCCUCCUCUUUUUCCUUUCCUAUGCCUGUGUGUUCACCAUCACAGCAAGGACUUCUGUGCAAUCCAAAGGGAUGGUCACUGUAACUUUUCUGGGAAGAAAAGCUGCCCCCAUUACUUCCUGUUUCAGGAGGCAGUGACCCAUACCAAGGGCACCCGUGGUUGAAGGGCAAAGGGUGCCAAUUAGGUACUGGAUUGAUGCCAGAGCCCACAUCUUUGAAAGGCAAGUGUUACUAAUGUUUGUUUGUUUUUUGUAUAAUCAAAGACGGGGUAUUAGAAAGAACAUUAAAAAAAAAAAAACCACCAUCUAGAUUCUCACCACUUUUUCCUUUCUUUGGAGUAAGAAUGUUAUUUAGAAACCAAUCAGACUUCCAAAGUUUCUGUGUUUAGGUGUCUUGCAUCGAGGGCUUAAAGCUUUUGAUGUUCAGAGUCUCUUAGGAAGGGUGGUAAUGAGCUUCACUGUUGCUGCUGAUCGGAUGUGUUCUUCACCAGGCCAGACCUUGCGUUUCCCUGGUGGCGGCCUCUCCCACUCUGACCCUGAGGCCCAGGAGUGCCGCAGGCUGCUGCAGCUAGCGGUCACCACAGCGGGAGGGUGGCAGGGCCUCUGGCAGAGAAGGGACCACUGUGGUUGUCAGUACCUCCUUGUUCGUAUUCCUGUGUCACGUCUGUUACUGCCUUAGACUUUUGAAGAAAAAUUAGAUUUAUUUAUUACUUUAUUUAUUUUUUUUAGCACAUUUCAUUUUGUCUUUGAAGCAGUUUCCAUCUGUUUCUUAGAAGACUUACAUCUGCUCUGAGCCAUUGCGGCCGCCUCCUCUAUGGAGUUGAUGAUGAUUUUAGGAGAAGCUGGAAAGUGAUGAGUGCCCAUUCCUGCACUCCAGUCCUGUGAUGCUUUGGGAGGAAUCUUCCCCCUUCUGAGCUGGAUGACCUACCCCAGCAUCCCCUCUGAGGAAGUCUAGGUUGUGAGGAAAUCUGCCCAUUUGCCCCGGGUUGAGUACAGAGGACCUGACUAGCCAGUCAGAGUUGUCCUGUGAUUCCCAAAUAUCAAAGUCUUUUUCUGCAAUGAGGAGUCACCUUCAAGAUGAUUUCUCUGGCUCAUUCCUUCCUUGUGUGGGUGCUUUGCACCAGGCCUCCCCUCCCUGUUGGAGCAGGAAAUGGAAGACCAGGGCUCCUCACAAUAGGUGUGUAGUAGCAUCAGCUACUACAUGGACAAGGAGCGGUACAGCCUGCACCCUCUGUUCCCCUGGGAGCAAAGCCCAAAGUAGGGUGGGAUUAGUGGACUGCCAUAGCAUCCCCGUCCUCUGAGCAGCAUCAUGCCGCCAUUAUUUUAUAUAUGAGUGCAUUUUGUAGAGGAUUACACUGGCCAAAAUUGAUAUACCUUGUAAGAAAUUAGAAAUUAUUUUAGUGACUGUCUAUUUGGGCAGCGAAAAGCCAACUUGCUGUGCAUUAUCCCAUCAGAUAGCUGAGUGACCACUCUUUCAUCACUAAAGCUGAAUCAUGCCUUUGCUAACAUAAUCUUUACAAAAUAAUUUUCUACUGAGCUGUUCUCCAGUCAGCCAAAGCCUUGCUUAUUUUUCUUGCUUAUUAUUAACUUCUGACUGUCUCUUAAAAUGGAGCUGCCAGGCCGUAGCAAGCUCCCUGGAUAAACUUACUGUGUAUUUUUGCUGUGAGAGUCUCUGUACUUAUUUUCUUUGGGAUCUUAGUUCUGUUGCUUCAGGGAAGCCUGAGGGACUUGUUCCCAUAGCCUCUGUGUGCCUCUUACUGUCUGGUCACUUUUGAAGUCCUGGAUAUUGUUAUAUUUCACUCUACACUGGUGUUUCCCUGACAGUCAGGGCUUCUUUGUUCCAUUUGCACAUAUAGCUGAGAGAAGGUAUUUUUUAAAUUCAUUCACUAUUCUCAUAUUAAAUUUCUGAAAUUAUUGUACUGUGGGAACAAAAUAUUAUGUACUGAAGCAAAGGUAAUUACUGAGAAUUUCAUAGCCCAGCAAAUCCUAAGAGGUAGUUAUUUCCUUAGUCUCACCCUGUCCAAGUUUACAGAACCAAACAAUGAAAAGAAAAUCCUUUGUUUUCACCCUCACCCUGUCCUCCAGAGCACAGAUAAAUAUUAACAAACAAUCGAAAGAAAGUACUUCAUCAUAGGAGAGAGCCUAGAAUUCUCUACACAGAGUGGCCGAGUCCUUAAAUUUCUUCAUUUUGUUUGGUUUUGCUACUUUGUUGAGAGAUGGGGCUUCUAGAUAGGAAGACAUGUUUAAAGGGUUAAUUUCCCCCAACAUUUUACAAUGAAAAAUUUUCAGCAAAAAUUUAAAAAGAAAGAUAUAGUAAACAUCCUUAUGUAUACCCCACCACAUGGAUUUAAAAAUUAUAACCUGCUAAUCUUUAGGCAAAGAUGAUUUUACCAUUCUGUUCCUUUUGACAAGUGUCCAGUUAGCCUGUGUUCCCUGCACAGACACCAACUCUCCUAUGCCAGGGAGUUCCUGGAUCUUUGCAGACUUGUUUCAUGCAACAUGAGUUACCCAGGAGGCAGUCUUCAUAAAAGUGUUCCCUGGUCUCCCCCUUUCAGACUCACACUGUAUUGCCCCUCUCCCUCGGUCAUUUCUAAUGUUUUCUUCUCCAGUGUGCCAGCAUUGGAGUGAGGUAGUUGUGAAGCUGCUGUGGAAGGACUUUACUGUAAUCUCUCUUGCUCUAUGAGACAUCCUCAGGACUCUGACAUUAAACCUCAAUCCUCAGACAGUCUAUAGCUUUAUAAUGGAAGUAGGUAGCAACUUGAAAUGAGGCCAUUGUUAUUUUUUUCUUAAUUGACUCAUGCACUUUAAAAAUAUUGUUAUCUGUUACUUAGGAAAUAAAACCUCAGACUUUGAAAAUGUAUAUACCUUCCCCUAUAUUAUAUUUGUGGAAGAAUUAAAUCUGAAAGCUCACUGCCUUAUAUUAAUCAUUGGGAUUAGAUAUUAAUGUAAAAUUUAUAGGAAAUAUCUGAAUUGAUGUGUUUUUGAUGAGCCUUCCCAGUCCCCCUUUGAAAGAAUUAGGUGAAACCCAAAAGUCUGUAUUUUUAUAUUUAUUAUUUAAGACCACUUCUCUGCAAAAGUUUGACCUUUAAUCCCAAAGUAUGUGGUUUAAGAUACAUUGUUGGGUGACCCUAAUAUUUCCCUAAAAGACUUGUUUUAGGGAAAGUGGCCUGAGUGAGACAGUUGUGUACACCUUGAGAACUGCCUUUUUAAAUUGAUAGUAAGGAAUGAAAACAAUAAAAUGAGGGGAACAAAGAAAGCUAUCAAAUAUAUAUCCUAGAAUUUUGCUCAUAUCUGAUUUUUAGUUCUUUUAAAUUUUGUUUUAUUGAUUUGAGAGAGAGAGAGAGAGAGAGAGAGAGAGAGAGAGAGAGAGAGAAACACUGAUGUGAAAGAAAUCUUGAUCGGUUGCCUCUCGCACGUGCCCUGACUGGGGAUUGAACCUGCAACCUGGGUUAUGUGCCCUGAGUAGGAGUUGAACCCACCAUCUUUUUGGUGUAUGGCAUGAUGUUCCAACUGAGUCACACCAGUCAAGGCCUGAUUUUGUUUAGUUCUUAGUUUGUGGUUCAUUAGUUGGAACUGUUCUUUAAGCCAGAAGCCUCACUGGUUCUCACUGUCCUUGUUGUAGAAAUCCCAAACCCACUUUGCUGUCUUUUCCAGCAGGACUGACUUUAGACAUAUUUUUGAGAAGGUCUUCUUUGCUUAGUGUACUCUUGGCCCGAGGCCUUAGUUCAUCUCUGUCUUCUCUGGGACUUACAAGUCAAGUGCCAUGAAAAAAGAUGGUAGGUUUAGAAAGAAGCCAGGCGGACUUCCAGCUGUGCCACUGUGGCCCCAGUUAGUUUUGAUUCUGGCUAAGGGAUGAAAUAGGUUAAUUUUGACCAACACCAUAGGAGAGUCUCAAGCCAUAAGAGUAUGUCUCAAGCCACACUCCUUGUGAGGUGUAGGAAUCAGAUCUUCUUUAACCUGGGUGGGCUAAGGACACAUAGUAGUAAAUGGAACAGACCAACGGAACCUGCAGCUAGAGCUUCCCUUUAGAUUUUCUCCUGCGUCUGAAAGAUCCACAUGGACCUGUAGCUAGUCUCUUCCCACCUGGCUCCAAGUGCAGAACUCCUGAAGCUGCUGGAAAGGGCAGAGCAUCAUCCCGGGCAUCUCAGUGGUUGGAAAGAGUUGGAAAGUGAGUUUCAGUCUGAAGGAAGGUGGUUUCUGUUGUUGUGAGGGGAGCUUGUUAAGGGAUUUAUGGUCUUUAGAGAGCAAGUCAUUCUGUUCAUUGUGUUUGUGCUCAGGGAGCUGUGAUGCAUGAUUCUUUGGGGAGGAAGUAGGAAAUGGGUGUCUAAAUCCAGUCACAAGCCGGCGCUUUCCAGCAGUCAGUGCAGUGUGUGGUGAGUGUCCACAUGGCCAAAGUCCCAGUCUUCACGCACAUGGGAUCCUAUCCCUGGCCCACAUUUCCACACAGCUGAGAGACAGAAAGGGACGAGCCCCUUCCGUUUCAUUCUGAUGUCCUGGGUAUUUCUGGUAUUGUUUAGCACUGCCAGCAUGGUAGCCACGGCCUCAGUUUAGCCAGUUAACCAGAAUUAAAUAAUAGGGAUCAUAGAGUUGAGUAGAUAAAGCAAUCAGUCAGGGUUCGAAGUAGAGCUUUGAGCCAGAGGCCUCCCUGGAAGGAGGGAUUGUGACUCGUGGUCCCAUAUUUGGACAGCUGGGUGACUGUGCAACCAGAACUCUUGUUAACCUCACCAAGUGCGUGAAGAGGAUGUGACAGUGCUGUACUGAUGAGGACGACAAAGUAGUUGAGUUGGCUAAUAAGUGGAGCGAGCCCUCCAUCUGUGGGAACUAUUCUCUUUCUGGCUCUAAGUGUAAUAUCAGUGGAGUGUUCUUAGAGUCUGGCCUCAGGGCCCACUGAAGGAGCCAAGUCUCCUGUGGGCAGUAACUCUGGUAUUCUGCAAAGGAGAACCCUGGGAGCUAGUUCCUGGCGUCUUCUUGGAAUAGGGGAGGCCCUUGGGUAAGAACUGCCUUGGCUCUCUUGGUGCCUGGUUAUGGUCAGUGUCGCCCCUUCGCUCUGUCUAACCAGUCCAGCCCCUGUGGACACUUCUCUGACAUCUAUCCAGUUAUUUACGUAAUGAGCUUAGGGCAAGAUUUGGGACUCAAAGGCUGAGAAACACUUUGCUGUGGGGCCAGAUUUCAGAAAUCACUGCUGCUCCCUCUGGAGCACUGCAUUGUCCCUGCCUGAACCAGGAAGGCCCCUCCUGUUGGAAUCUCUCCUCACCAAGCUAAGGAACCCCAAUUAAUUGCCUAAAGCCUUGAGUGUGGGAUUCAUUUACAAAUAGUCAUUCCCUCAAAAACUAAGUCCAAAAGCAAGACUCUUCAUUAGAGUCCUGGUACUGCUUUGAGCUUGGUUUCUGUUCCAUGUGCUUUGAUUUCUCAUAGGCCCCAGGCAUGUGGAUGAAUUUCAUGGCUCUUCACUCUCAGCGACGAGGAAAAGGUGCCCAGCAAUCUAGAGAUACAGACUUUCUAGAUUAAAUUCCAGUUGCAUGUCACUUGAAGCAGGUAGUUUGGGCUUGUCCAGGGGUAAAAUAUUAUAUGUGAAAUCUUUUCAGGGACAAAGUAUAUUUUCUAGAAGUUCUGAUAUAGGGUCAGGAACAAUUCUAAAGUUUUGGCUUGAACUAUUACAGUACAUAGGGUUACGGAGGAGCUCGUCACUGGCAUCGCUUUAAGGAGCUCUUCUCCUGAACUCUCAUCCUCACUUAGGGUUCACCUGCCUUGCCUGUGAUGUUCCUUGUGAUUGGUUGUUACUGUUGCUUUUUAGGUUCAGGCAAGCGUCAUCUGGAAUACAUUAUCUUAAUUCCUUCUCUUAUGUCUUAAACAGUACAUUUAAUUAGGAAAUCACAUAUUAAAAACUCUACUAACAUCCCUUUCUGAGAUGAUUGUCCCAUUUUUGUUCGUUUGUUUAAUCAAGCUGAAUUAUUUCCACUUAGCCUUGUUCAAGAGCAAGUCCAAGCCUAUAACCCAUGACUGGUGUACCCAUCCAUGCUCCCUUCAUAUGGGAAGUGUUUUGAAAUUCCCAGGAGAAAGCUGCUUUGUAAUCAGAGUGAUGGGUUAUAAGAAAGCCAGGCUUUGGAUGAGGGUAAUUGGAAUUGAGGGAGGUGCUUGAAGAUUUCCUAAACCACAUUGUGCCAUUUUGCUCAUUUCUGAAAGGCCUGCUGUGGUGCCACACACUGAGCUCUGUCCGUUGAUGGAAAGAUGAUCACGCUUUCUUGGUAAAUAUUUAGCAAUUGGCAACCACAAAGGUAUUCUCUCCUUAUUCUAUAUCAUGUGCUGAUUCUGACAUUACAAAGAGGGGUCUGAAAGGGGAACAGCCUUUUAUUUAAAAUACAAAAGUAUCUCAUUGCAAUUGGUUUUACGUGUUCUCUAUCCUGAGAAAUGCUGUCACCCCCUCCUAUGAUUUCUAAGUUGAGAGCUCUGUACCAAAUUGUUAUUUAAUUAUGUCCUCUGAGUGGUUUUUCCUUUAAAAUGCCAUAUUUACCACCCUGUGCCACUGAAUGUGUUGCUGUGACACACAAAUGAUCCUGAGCUACGGUUCUCUAAGUACUCAGUCCUGUGUUUUUAUAUUAUGUAACAGUUUUGUGAUGCUUUUGUGCAUUCUUUGUCUUCUCUUCCGAGUUUUGAAAUCUGUCAUAAAUAAACUUUUUCACUAUGCACCUGAAA